CUCCCCCUCCCCCCAUCGUGUCAUACGCUUUCGCCACUUCUCCUCCUCCUCUGUUGCUCCCUCUCAUUCGCUCUCACACCACCAGGAUCAAACACACGGCAGGAUGUCCAUAGUGAAUAUUGUUGCCAGGGAGAUCCUGGACUCCAGGGGAAACCCCACUGUGGAAGUAGAUCUGCAUACUUCCAAAGGUCUGUUCAGGGCAGCAGUGCCCAGUGGUGCUUCAACAGGCAUCUAUGAGGCUCUGGAGCUCCGAGAUGGAGACAAGACUCGCUACAAGGGCAAAGGUGUGACCAAGGCCGUUGCUCACAUUAACGACACUCUCGGCCCUGCUCUCAUCGAAUCUGGAAUCAGCGUGCUGGAGCAGGUGAAGCUGGACAACAUGAUGAUUGAAAUGGAUGGCACUGACAACAAAUCCAAGUUUGGGGCCAAUUCUAUUCUGGGAGUGUCGCUGGCAGUAUGCAAAGCUGGAGCGGAGGAGAAAGGUGUCCCCUUGUACCGUCACAUCGCUGAUCUGGCAGGAAAUGGAGAUCUGGUUCUUCCAGUUCCAGCUUUUAAUGUAAUCAAUGGGGGCUCCCAUGCUGGGAACAGACUGGCUAUGCAGGAAUUCAUGGUCCUCCCAGUGGGUGCAGAGUCUUUCCGUGAUGCUCUGCGUGUUGGGGCGGAGCUCUAUCAAACACUUAGAAGCGUCAUUAAGGAGAAAUAUGGUCAGGAUGCUACAAAUGUGGGAGAUGAAGGGGGCUUUGCUCCCAACAUACAAGAGAACAGUGAAGCCUUGGAGCUGAUAAAGACAGCUAUAGAGAAAGCGGGCUUUACAGAUAAAGUGGUGAUUGGGAUGGACGUUGCCGCCUCUGAGUUUUUCAGCGAGGGCAAGUACGACCUGGACUUCAAGUCUCCACCCAACGCUGCCCGCAACAUCAGUGCUGAGGAGCUGGCCAGCAUCUAUCAGGGCUUCAUCAACAACUACCCCGUUGUGUCUAUUGAAGAUCCUUUUGACCAGGAUGACUGGCCUGCCUGGUCACAGUUCACAGCUUCAGUGGGCAUUCAGGUGGUUGGAGAUGAUCUUACCGUGACAAACCCUCGCAGAAUCCAACGAGCCGUGGAGGAGAAGGCCUGCAACUGUCUGCUGCUUAAAGUCAACCAGAUUGGAUCUGUGACUGAAGCCAUCAAAGCGUGUAAGUUGGCCCAGGAGAAUGGCUGGGGGGUGAUGGUAAGCCAUCGCUCAGGUGAAACCGAGGACACUUUUAUAGCUGACCUGGUGGUUGGUCUUUGCACUGGACAGAUCAAAACUGGAGCUCCGUGUCGAUCUGAGCGUCUGGCCAAAUACAAUCAGCUCAUGAGGAUUGAGGAAGAGUUAGGAGACAGGGCCCACUUCGCUGGACACAACUUCCGCAACCCCAGUGCCCUUUGAGCACCAGUUCCAUUAGCAGCAACAUACACCAAAGUCAACUUACACAUUAAUUUCAAUUUUCCCAGAUAGAUGGUUAUAAUUAGCCCCAAACACACAAAAUACAAAUAAAAUACUUUAGCUGCAUUAUAUUGAACACCUCAGCAAGUGAAGUGACACUUCUACUGGUGGGUUCGUUGGUUUCCUGGUCCAUCUUUUUGUGUCCUUUCCUCUUACUGCAGAAGUGUUUGGCUCUUUUGUGUCUGGUUGUUUCGUCUCGUCCCUGUUUGACAGUUGUUACUUUGUCGAUCGAACUGAAUAAAGAAACUAAUGUAUGUAACACACACAUCAAAACUCUCUUUGUGUUUAUCAUGAACUAGUUCUGGUUGCACACAGCGUGCCACAUCAUCACAAGUCCGAAAAUGUAUUGUCUACAGUUUUUGUGACAGUUAUACCCUGAGUAGUGUAAGUUUAGUUGUUUUGUAAGUUCUUUUAUGUAGGGAAAGUUAAACUUAAGAAGCAGAGUCAUUAUAUAUCUGCAUCUGAACUAUGACAUCAGUAAAAAAAUUGAAUCUCUGAUUACUUUUGUUGCAGUGUGUAAUAUUGUAGUUCAUUAGAGGCACAGAUGUUAUUUAAUCAGCUGUCAAAGACAAAACAUAAUACAUGAUCAACGUUCCUAAAAUAUUCUGUACAGAUGUAAAAGUAAAGUCAAGUCAAAUUUAUUUAUGAAGCACAUUUAAAAACAAGAUGUAA